AUGGGUGAAAUAAAGGACGAUCAAGGCGAAGCCGAUCAAGGCGAAGCCGAUCAAGGCGAAGCCGAGGCCGAUGUUGAUGUUAAAGAAGGCGAAGUGAAAGAGGAAGAGCCGGACGUCAAGGUAGAAGGUGGUAACAGGGAGGAAAAAGAGGAGAAAGAAAACGAAAGAGAAGAAGGCGAGCUAGCGGAAGGUGGUUCAGUGCCUGAGGAUGAAGUACAUGAGGUGCCUGAGGUUAAGGUGCCUGAAGUCAAACUACCCGACGUCGAAAGAGUAAGAGAGGAAGGCGAGGUAGACGAGGAUGAACCAGAAGAUGGCGAGACAAAGGAUGACGAUCAUCAACUACAUGAGGUACAAGUUGCUGAGGUUAAUGCACCUGAGAUCGACGUGACAGAGGUAAACGUACCCGAGGCCGAGGUACCAGAAACCGAAGUACAAGAGGUCCAGGCACUGGAAGCAGAAGUGCCAGAAGCUAAGGUGCCACUGGUAGAAGACAGAGGUGCGGAGUCACUGCACGUUGAGCAUGUGCCCAGUCCCGCCGUAUCGGUUGAAACCGAUUUGGAGGAGGCGAAGGAGUUCCGCUCUCAGAAGGAAGUCGCUGAGACUAGCCUCGGCAGUGCAGAUGACAGGGAAGAGGAAAUGCAGGAGACAAAUGGUCAAGAGCCCACCAUCAAGGGGCCCAGCUCCAACCCCAUGGCUGGUGUGACCUUCGUUGCUCGCUCACCGCGCAAACAAAAGUAUGAAGAGUUGGGAGUUCCCUACGAGACGGGAACUCGUACUCUCACGCAUGACCGUCCUGACGAGGAAGAAGUUAAGGAGACGGUCGCGGAGGCCAAGGUCCACCGGAAGAAAUGCAAAUAUCAACCGGCAGAUGACAUCAGAAUAUCGAAGGCGAGAGCUCAAGAUGUGCAGUUCAUAUGGAGGGGUGGUCCGAAGGGACGUAGAAUUGUGCACCAAGAUGAGCUAUUGCCGGAGACCCAGGCUUCGUUGGAGAUUGCCAAAACAGCUUCAUGA